AUGCUGCCAUCAUCGAUUUUUGUCGUAUUUUUGACAUUUUUCAAUGUUAUUUUCGCGAAAGACUUGGAUGCGGAGAUCAACAUGACUACGGUAGUUUGAUUAUUAUUGAUUAUGAUUAAAAAAGGAGUCUGUUUAGCCAGAAAUAAUUCAACAUUGGGGAUAUCCGGCCCAGAUUUUCACAGCGACCACAACGGACGGCUACAUCCUUGAAAUGCAUCGGAUUCCUAACGGGAAAAGUGAGAAAUAUUCAUUAUUUUAGUUUCAAAAUGGUUUUUUGGAAAGCUAAACGAAAAAGUCUUGUUAUAAUGUAUGAAAACAAGCUCGUUGAAUUUUCAAAAAAAGUUCGAAAGAAUACAGUGUUCUGUUCAUGUUAUAGAAGCUUUAAAUAGUUCUUUUAUUCGUUAAAAGUUUAUCAACCCGGAAUUGAUCUCUGGUCAAAGGUGUUAUCUUCAUCUUAUCAGUAAUAUUUCCUAUUCUAUCAAAAUUUCCUAACUAAACUAGAGAAUUGGGAAAAACAAGCUCGAUUUAAAGAGGACACUAAAUUUUUAACUUGGAAUUUAAAACUGCGCAAGAUUCGAUGUUGAACCAUGGAGAAAGAGAAAUGAUUUUUCAGAAAGGUAGACAUUUUAACUCCUCAUAGAAGUGUAGGCCUAGAAGAGCCGUUUUCAGUUUUAUUUCAAUUUGUGAUUUUUUUUUUCAAAAACUCCCUCAAGCAUUUUCUUGAACAUAUUAUACCUGAGAAAACUCAAUAUUUCAGCAAAUGUUACCUGGCCGAAAGGAAAACGUCCGGUCGUCUUCAUGCAGCAUGGUUUGAUGGGAGAGAGCAGCAAUUGGGUCGACAAUUUGCCCGAUGAGAGCGCUGGUAACCUGAAUUUAUUUAAUUUUCUACAGUAGAAAAAAUUAAUAGGAUUCCUCUUCGCGGACGCUGGUUUCGACGUCUGGCUAGGAAAUAUGCGAGGCGAGACAUAUAGUACUAAACAUGUGACAUUGGACCCGUCGCAGGAAGCUUUUUGGAAGUUUAGGUAAAAUUUUUCAGUUUAAAAAUCGAGUCGAAAUGGACACCUUGUUCGUUUUCCGCUUAUAUUAAAUGAAAAAACUGGAUAAUCUGGUGAAACGUUGGCACGAAAUAGCUGAAAUAAAAAAAUUCUGUAAUCCAAAUAUUGCAAAAAAAAAAUUGGACAAGUCACAUGGGUUAUCAUAAGAAGGAUUUUGAACGUUUUAUUUCAAAAGAAUUUCGGUGGAUGUUCAAAAUAACACAAAUAGAAUCCUGAUAAAUUUCAAGACGAAUAUAAUUCAUUAUUUAAAACUAUGGAAAACUUUUGCAUCUUCCGAACUCUGACAGGGUUAAAUGAAUAGUAUAUUAGCUAAGAAAACGUUCAAAAAAGAAAAAAUUAUAAUAAAACGAAUUGAGAAAAGAAAACAUAAACAAUUUUCGUAUUUCCACGUCACACACAGACAAAGUACACUAGGGCGCACUUGCUUCUUUACAGCUUAUGAACCAAUUUUUUUAACUGAAAACUAAUUUUUAAAAAAAAUUAUAUUCUCCUUGAAAAUACCUCAAAAACUUCAUGAUCUGAGAAGAGUGAGCUGAUAAAAGUAAUUAAAGAAAACCGAGCAUUUUCAGUUGGGACGAGAUGGCCAAGUACGACCUGGAGGCGCAAAUAAAUAAAGUUCUUGAAGUAACUGGCGAGGAAUCGAUUUAUUACAUUGGUCAUUCACAAGGGACUUUAACUAUGUUCGCUCAUUUGUCUCAAGACCAAGGAGGCGAUUUUUCGAAGAAAGUGAGCGGAAAAUUCAUGAAAAGUCUAACGAGAAUAACAUUCAGAUCAAGAAAUUUUUCGCCUUGGCGCCGAUCGGUUCGGUGAAAAACAUCAAAGGAGCACUUCAGUACUUGGCCACUCACUAUGGAACCGAUCUCGAGGUACCUUUUUAGUGAGAUAAAUUAAAAUAUUGAUGUGUUCAGCUCUACUACGAUUUAUUCGGAACCAAAGACGUCAAGCCCAGCUCCUGGGUCCUAAACUGGCUGUCGGACAAGGUCUGCAGUGGAAUUAAGUUGGAACAGGACCUCUGCGACGACUUUUUCUUCCAAAUUAUGGGUCCCGAGAGCAACCAGUGGAAUGAGGUGAAUUUAUACAGGUUGAAACUCAUUGGAGACGUAUUUUCAAGCACUGCGAUUUUACAGUCUGUUCAGAUUUUGAACUCAAAUUAAAAUGACGUCAUUCGAAAUCACUCUGAAGAGGACUCGCUCUCUGACUGGCUUACCGCGCCAUUAGGGGCGGAGCUUGAGCGAUGACCUGGCUUUCAAAAUCUGAACAUAUUUUCAAGUAGAAUGACGUCAUUUUAAAACGCUCUGUAGAUGGCUCCCUCUCUGAUUGGCUUAUCGCGCCAUCAGGGGCGGAGCUUGAACGACGGCUUAGCUUUCAAAAUACCAGCAGACAGUUCAAAACAAACUUUUCACGACACUUGCUUCAGUCAAGUUUUAACGCCUCGUAAUUGAACUUACAACGUGAAAAAGGUUUUCUUGACUUGAAAACUCUGAUAACGUAGAAAAAGGAAAGGCUCGACAUAUAUUUUUAUUAAUUGAAAUCAGCCCGCUUUAAAGUACUUCCAAGCUGAGUUAUAGGGAGUUCUCGGAAUUUAUGUAUGUGAUUGAACUUGCCCAACGAGAAUUUUUUUAAUCGUCAAACUUUUGAAGACCCGUCUACCCGUCUAUACGUCUCACAUCGCCGGAACUUCCACAAUGAACCUGGUUCAUUGGCUCCAAAUGGUUCAACAUGGAGGCGUUCCGAUGAUGGACUAUGGAAAGAAGCAAAAUAUCAAGCAUUAUGGACAAGUUAGUUGGAAAAUUUAUGGUCCGAACUGCCCAAAAACACUUGUUUUCUCGCGAUUUAGCGCUUCGAGACAAUUUUUCGAAGGCUAUCGCUUCUAUUUUUCGAAUUUUCUUUCGUUUAUCAUUUUUCUCAGGAUACCCCACCAGUCUACGACUUCACAAAGAUCAAAAACGUACCGGUUUAUUUGUACUGGAGUGAGGCCGAUUGGCUUGGCGACGCCACCGACGUGACCAACUACCUAAUUCCUAAACUUACGACGGCUAACGUCAUUGCCGUAAGUUUUGAAAGUACCAACUAUCAAAUGUCUCAAGAAAAUGGUUUGACGCGAUGCGGUGCAAAGCCUUUUUUGUUUUUUGGAUUUCGGUGGAGAUACAUUGACGAUCUCGUUUUUUCGUCGCGUCGGACUCGCACUUUUCUCGGUCUGACUUCGCUUUAACAAAUUUGGUCACGCCGAAAAAAAUGCGCGCCGAGGAAACUUUUGCGAAAUCGUCAAUGUACCGAUCUGGCAAAAGAAAAGGAGGAGGUCCCUAUAGGGUUUUAGGGCCUGACCCCAGCCCUCUAAAGCUUAAGUGAUCCUUAUAGGGUUUUCAGAUUUUUUUUUUGUGGAAAAAUUGUGAGAAGUGAAAUGUGAAAAUUAGAAGACAAGCCACCCCCUCUAGGGGCUAAUAACUAAAACCCCUGCAGGGGACACUUUUGGGAGCUUAAGAGGGAAGCCUCAAGGGCUCUUUUGGCUGCCUCUUAAGGGACCACUUUUAAGCUCCCCCUUUUACCAAAAUGCGACACCGUGCUGUUUGAAGACGCAAAUACUAUGAGAUAAUCGAAAAAAAAAAACUCGAAAACUUCCAGGCCAACAACCACUUGCCCGAGUUCAACCACGUCGAUUUCAUUUGGGGCCUUCGAGCGCCGAAAUCCAUUUAUCAGCCUAUCAUAGACAUUUCCAAGGCGGAUUUCCUUCAAUCUUAA